AUAAACGAAAACAAUUUUAUCUUGACCUUGUCUUUAGUGUUUUGGAAACAAAUUUAACUAAUUAUUAAUAAUCGCGUCCUCUUAGCGCACAGUGAGCUGAUUUUAUUAUGAAAAACGAUCAUUUCAAAAUCGUUUUUCUUUAUUUUUACUUAUUUCUUGAAGGAUGUGAAUUAUAUCAAAUAUCGUCUACUGUCAAAAACACGACAAUAAAACGAGUUCAGAGGUUUGCUGAGAACAACAAUGUAAUUUCUUGUAAGCUUCCAUCUUACCCAGAGAAUGGGAAAUGGUCCAUUUUUGGAGGUAGCGCAAGCCCAGGACAACACGUAAGUGUAAACACUGUUUUGAAGUACGAAUGCAAUGCUGGCUACAAAAUUUCCAGUUCAACCCCGUAUGUAAUUUGUGACCAAAACUGGGAUUCAUCAAAAAUGCCAGAAUGUGAAAAACUGUGUGCUCCUAUGUAUUCAUCGACUACGACUACUGUGAAGUGUGUCGACAAAAAAGGUAUCGAAAUCAACUGCCAAGAGGCUACGGAGGGCAGUGUCCUAACUUAUCUGUGCACCCCCUUCUAUGAAACACCAUUUGGAUUUAGAAAGACAAUACUGUGUCUGGAUGGAUCGUGGAACUAUCCAAAACCUGUAUGUCAGCCAGUAUGUGGAAGAAAGGUUAAUGACGAUGCUAUUCCGUUAAUAUAUGGUGGUAGAAUUCAAAAAGGUUUAGAAUAUCCUUGGGUUGUGGCACUGUACAAAAAGGAUGACGACUCGUAUACAAACAUAUGUGGUGGGUCAUUGAUUUCUCAAAGGGUAGUUUUAACUGCUGCCCACUGUGUGACAAACGAAUACGGCGAGUUGCCACCAAUUGAAAACUACAUCGUUGGUGCCGGGAAGUUUUACAACAAUUUUAAUGAUUCCAGAGACGUACAAGCUCAAUAUUCCCAAAUUUCCCGCGCCAUAGUUCACGAUGGCUACAAAGGAGAUCGCAGACGUUUCUUUUCCGACAUAGCUUUACUUGUAGUUGCAAAGUCCUUCAGGUUGACAUAUUUAGUACAGCCGAUCUGUUUCAAUGAUGUCAAUAAUAUUCACCUUCAUGCUGGCAACAUUGGAGUGGUGUCUGGAUGGGGAGUUAAAGAAGACGGUCUACCUUCUGAAGAACUUAGAGUGUUGGAAAUCCCUUACAAAUAUGAAACUACAUGUGCCCAAGAGCUACCCAGGGAAUGGGCGGAUAAAUAUAAUGCUAUCGACAAAAUUUGCGCGGGAUUUUUAAAUAAAAAUAUGAGUGUUUGUCGGGGCGACAGCGGCAAUGGGUUGGCUGUUAAAAAUCCUGAAGAUAACAGGUAUUAUAUUCACGGGAUUGUUAGUAUAGGUCCGUCUGAGAAAGGUGAAUGCAACAUCCAACAGAACUCUCUGUACACUAAGGUAGCUUUCUAUUAUGAAUUUAUUGAUAAAGAAUUAAGUAGAUACAGUGUAGAAGACUGCAUAUUACCUCUUUACCCAAAACAUGGUUUGUGGAUUACUAGCGAGACAGAGAAGAAGCCUGGAGAAAAUGUUCCUGCUGAUACAGUUAUAAAAUUGAGUUGUAAUGAAGGAUUUACCUUGUCAUCGGAUGUUCCGGAUGUCCAGUGUAAGCAAACAGCAUUUGACAUGCCAACUUGCCAGCCUAUUUGUCCAGCCCUCGUUUUCCCACUAUCGACUAUAACUAACUGCAAAGAUCGAAGAGGUGAAAUCGUUAGUUGCUCGAAAGCCACCGAUGACACAAUACUGACGUACGCUUGUCCUGAAGGCUACCAAAGUCCCAAAGGCCCCAAGGGAACCAGUAAAUGCGUCGGUGGCUCUUGGGAAGCCCCAGUACCAAAAUGUCAACAAGUUAAUUCGCAAGGAGGAAAAAACGUCGACCAAGCUUCUCCAAAGGUAAUAUGUACUUACGCCAGUUGGGAAGCGCACAAUGGAGUGAAUCCUGAAAAUUUUAACGCGAGUUUGUGCGACUAUGUAACGUAUGCCUUCGUUGGACUGUCACCAAAUGGGAAAUUGAGAGUCCAAGACAAACCUUUAGAUGUUGGACAAAAUAAAAAUGGUUUGUACCAUAAAGUCACUAAUAUGAAACAAAAAAAUAAAAACCUAAAAGUUUUAUUAAGCGUAGGGGGUUCUGGAGCAAGCAACGCUUCUUUAUUCUCUUCUAUGGCAGCGGAUCCUUCGAAACGCUCAGCGUUUAUAGAAAGCGCGAAAAAUUUUUUGCAGACAUACAAUUUCGACGGACUAGACAUAGAAUGGCAUAUUCCAAACGUAGACGAUAAGGCGAAUUAUAUAAUAUUACUUCGAGAAGUGAAUCAAGCCCUUAAGCAAAAUGGUUGGCUUGUCACAGCUACAGUCCGCUCUGAUCCGGAAUCUACAGGAUAUGAUGGCAGUCAAAUGAACGAAGUUCUAGACUGGAUCAACGUGAAGACUUACGACAUGUAUGGAGAUUGGAGCCAGUACACGGGCCAGAACUCAGCCCUCUAUCCUUCUUCCAAAGAAUACGAUUGGGAGAAGAACCAUUUGAACGUGGACGCGGCAGCGAAGAAUUGGCUUGCUGCUGGUAUUUCGAAAAUGAAACUAGCGCCUAGUAUUGCUUUUUAUGGAAGGUCCUUUACGCUGCAAGAUGUAAGUCAAAACGGCAUCCAUUCGCCCAUUGAAGGAGCAGGACCUGGUAAAGGAGGAAUGCUGAAAUAUUCAGAAAUUUGUGAGAAAUAUGCCAACUGGUCGAGAAGUUGGGACCAGGAGCAAAGAAAUCCUUACAAAUACUUUGAAGAUAAGUGGAUAGGUUAUGAUGAUAAGGAGUCCGUUUGGAUAAAGGCCGCUUACAUUAAAGAAAAUGGUUACUUUGGAGUCAAUGUUUGGCCAGUAGAUGGCGAUGAUGUUCACGGAAAAUGUGGGGUUAAACAAAUUCUUCUGAAACAAGUUCAAAAUGCAUUAGCAAGUCGUACAAAAUGAAGACAUGCAUAAUUACGAAUAUAUUUAUAUCUAAAAUAGAAAUAAAAAAUUAAAUAGUAUGA